CUUGACUGUUUAGGCUUAGCGUCCGCUCCAGCCCGCGGAACUCCCUCCAAGGCUUCAAUUUUCAGCUUCGAUCAGCUACGACGUAUUAUUAUUAUUCUUCUCCACCCAAUGCCUGGUCUCCAGCCAAAUAUCAAUCCCUCCUGAGCUUUUCCUUUCUUUCUCCUAUAGUUACACGUUUUAACUGAAGGAGACCAGGACUACAGGACAGACUCUGCUCUUUACUUUAUUGUGAACUGUCCUUCCACCGAUAAACUUGCGCAUUUCGCUACCCCAUGAGCGACGAGGCUACAUUUGCGGCGCAUCAUAAACCGGCGAACACAUUCGCUGCGCUAUUCCAUCCAAAUAUUUCCUGACUGACACUAGAGAAAGGACAUAUACAUCGUCUUCUCAAGCCUGUGCUCUGGCCCUUCUCGCUGUUACAAGCCCGCGUUUGCACUCGUGCGCCAAAGGAACCCAAAUCGAGCGUAUUAUUUAUAUAUAUAUUGUUCUAUUCCUUCGGCCAAAUCCUUCGCAGCAUACCGAGCGCGAAUUAUUUUGAGCCUAAUUCAAUUUAGAGAGACCAAUACAUCCUAGCUUACCUCCAGCAGGUUAACGACUAUAAAUUUUAAGAGACAUUCCGAUACAUCACGAUAUAGAAUGACGAGCCCGUUCCCACCCCUCCCAUUUAGCCUGGGCAGAUUACGUUCAUAUAUACUUCGUUUACCCCUAUUCACACGCGUCGUCACCUUACUCAUUGCGGUAUUUGGGGUCUUGGGGAUUCAGUCGUUAUGGGAUGUGGUACAAUGGGGUGCCUUGAUACCCAGCGAGAUAGGAUUAGCAUCGCUGUACCGACUUAACACAUAUCCGAUUAUUCAUAAUGGGUUGUUCCACACGUUCUGGAAUAUCGUAGCCCUUACACCGCUCUUGGAGAGGUUUGAGGCGGAACACGGCACCCUUACAUCUGUAGCAUUAUUUGUUGGACCACUUUCAACCUUGCCAGCAGGCCUAUACUUGCUCUUCGAAAAAGUCAUUUUAAGGGGCAAUACUGCGGUGCUAGGUUCGAGUGUCUGGAUAUUUUUGCUUCUAGGAAUUGAAGCAAUAAAAACAUUCCAAACAAACCCACACUUUGUUAUUGGAACAUAUAGAAUCCCAACGUGGACAACGCCAUUGCUCUUAGUAAUUUUGGUGUUUGCGCUCGUCCCCAAUACCAGCCUCUUGGGCCACUUAUCCGGUCUCGCUGUUGGCUAUGUUUUUGGGCUGGGAUACCUGAAAUUCCUCGUUCCGCCAGAGAAAAUCCUUCGCUGGAUCGAAGGAAAACUAAACCUUCUCGCAAUAUUGCCUCACUAUGUCUCCGUUGAUCAGAAAACGUAUGGAAGGUACGGAAUCUUGCCCACCAGAAGCUUUGGGUCGAACGAAGAAACUGGGGCAAUAAGCCUUCCACUGGGCUCUACCCAACGACUAGGCCCAUAAGAAUAUUUAGCGAAAUUGAUACGCAUGGAUUACUUUCUUGUUGUAUAUAUUUAUCUUUAGAGUCUCUUGGUUUUAUUCUAGGAGACUAGCAUAUAUAAUAAUGACUGUUGAAUAGAGAAAAUCAGGAGGUUUGGCUUUAAUAAUAACGUAAGCGGUCAUUGCGGCAUGCCGUAGUCUAACUAUCUCCAACUCCG